AGCUGCCUUGUCUGAGGAAAAUGUAACAACAGAAGCAGAAAUUCUUUUUCUUCAUACGAUCUAUGAUGUUGAUAAUUGAUUUUAGUGCUGGUGGUUUAACUAAGAUUGCAGAGAAUUUGACAGAAUAACCAACUAUUCCAGGAAGACAUAUGACUGGAGAUGACUGUGCUGAAUUUUUGUUCCUCCUUCUCAAAAAUUAAGAUUUAUUAUAUCAAAUACUGAACAAAAUAAGAAUGUAUGGACUUCUUUUGUUCAUUUUAUUCACCCCUGGAGUCAGUGAAUUUCUUUGUAUGUCAUCAGAUCUAGAAAUGUCAUAUACUUUUUGUGAUUCUGUAGGUCAUAUUUUCAUGUUUAAUCUGACACCUUGCAGCAUUGUUGACAAAUCCACCUGGAGGGCUGCUCUUACCUGGAUUCCAAGGAGUGACAUCAACUUUUUGAAGAUUGUCUUCAAUGUCUGGUACAACGGAGCCAAAGCCUUACACUGGAAGGAAAUCCUUUGCAGUGGAGAGGAUGACAAAUACUCUGAGUGUGGAACAUUGAAAGGAGAAACAAUUGCAACAGAAUUUGACAUCAAAGGUGCAAGAAUAACAUUUCCAAAGGAACUGCUGACAUCCUGGAUGAAUAAGCAAAAGCUAUUGUUCCACCUUCCUACAACAGAAAGAGUCCAUCUAGAGAUCACCUGCAGCCUGCUCUGAACCCUGUUAUGGAAAAACUGGAAUAAAACUACUGUUGGUUCCUAAGAGUGCUGGUGCAAUGUAAUGUCACCAGAGUCCUGUGAACAAAUUUACAGAGACUAUAAAGUUAACCUCGUUUCUGUGCUGGUGGAAUACUGCCCUAAAACCUGGACCCAAUCAUUCUCUUGGGACCAAUAUGGGACACAGUGUAUUCUCAAACUGAGGAACUGGAAACUUUAACCACCAUAUAUGAAAAGGGUAUUAUUUGUCAAAAACAGGUGACCAUUGCUAUCAAACAUGAUACUGGCUAGAUUGUCAGAAUUGUGACAGAAAUAGAACCAACUGCUGGAUGUGAUUGGUAUGACAUUUUUAUUAGAGAUG